UAAGGACUAUAUUUUUUGGUAUUUACCAAUUACGAACCACUCUCGUAGAAAAGGUGAAGUCAAGAGACCAAACUGCAAUUUUCUCGAGCGUCCGGAGCUUUCUUUGUCUUCUGUCAAAUACAUUGUCACGCCUUCAAGGUAACUUCAACUUCGAUAGAUUUGAAUGGCGAAACCAGCCGGUGAUUGGCGGAGCAAUCGUGCCGCCGUUCAAGCCACCAACGAUGACGCCUCAGCCAGUAAGCUGUCUUGUGUGAAGAAGGGUUACAUCAGAGAUGAUUACGUUCAUUUGUUUGUAAGGAGGCCUGUGAGGCGAUCUCCAAUUAUUAAUAGAGGCUAUUUUGCUCGGUGGGCAGUGUUCCGGAAACUUCUUAAUCAGUUUCUUGAUGGCGUCCACACUAAAAAACAAGUAUUGUCGCUUGGAGCUGGCUUUGACACAACAUAUUUUCAGUUAAAGGAUGAAGGGAGAGCACCGGAUUUAUAUGUGGAACUUGAUUUCAAGGAGGUGACUAGUAAGAAGGCGGGCCUGAUUGAAACAUGUGAUCAAUUGAGGAACAAAGUCAGCGAAACUGCACUCAUUUCUCAAGUGCCAAUUUAUUUGAUUGAAUUUCCGAAUCAUGUAGAGAAUGGUGAGGUGCUUGAUUACUGCUACAAGCUGCUCCCAGUGGACCUUCGUGAUAUCCAAAAAUUGGACGAUAUCAUAUCUUUGGCAAAUUUAGAUCGCAGUUUGCCGACAUUUAUAAUUGCAGAAUGCGUACUAAUAUACUUGGAUCCCGAUUCAAGCCGUGCAAUAGUUAAAUGGGCUUCAAAAACAUUCACUUCAGCCAUAUUUUUCUUAUAUGAGCAGAUUCAUCCAGAUGAUCCAUUUGGGCAGCAGAUGAUCAGAAAUCUGGAGAGUCGAGGUUGUGGGUUAUUGGGUAUUUAUGCGACACCAACUCUACAUGAGAAGGAAAAGCUUUUUCUUGAUGCAGGAUGGCAGAGAGCUGUUGCCUGGGAUAUGCUUAAAGUUUACAGUGAGUUUAUUGACCCUCAAGAAAGACGCAGGAUUGAGCGGUUGGAACUGUUUGAUGAAUUUGAGGAGUGGCAUAUGAUGCAGGAGCACUACUGUGUCACUUGUGCUAUUAACGAUGGCAUGGGUUUGUUUAAGGAAUUCGGAUUCCCAAACGACCAACAUGCCUCAGGUACACCCCUUGACCAGAAUGUUCAGUAAGAGGCCGUGCUAAUGCCAUUUUGGAAUUCUAAAAAAUAUCUGAACAUGAAGAUUCACAUCAGGAUGAACCCCAUCACGAUCACAAACCCAUGUGCAGAGAUAUAAAAGGCAGCCGGGUAUAUAAUAGAUGGGGUCUUCUACUACUAGUUUAGUCCUAAUCUUCCUAUAGCCAAAUUUGCAAAAUGAUGAUUUUUGUGUGGAUGUAUCCAUUUGACUCAAAAUAACAUAAAGAGAUCCAUCUUCUGUGCUAGCUAGCUGUUUGGUUAGAACCAAAAACGUGGUGGGGGCCCGUACAGCAUAAAAUUGUGACAUCUAAAAUGGCCCCUCGCGGGGCUGUCAUAGUGAUUGUGGGGAAGAAAAACUGGGGUUUGGUUGGUCUCCUUUUUGUUUUGGUGUUUUUUUUUUUUUUUU